UUCCUGGCCCUGUGCACACUCUGCAAAAGGAAGGACAGAAGCAGGAUGCUGCCACAGGACAGCUUGUUGCCAGAUGAAGCAAUGGAGCUCUCGUCGCUCAGGGGAUCAGUCGCUGACCUCCGCAAGCUCAACGGGGCAGAUUCCAGGGGGAAAGAAGAAAGGCCCACCAGUGUGAAUAUCUCUUCUCUGCUGAGCGCGGACGACGGGACGGCCUCCAGCUCCAGUUUCAUCAUUCUUCCUCCGAGAGAGCUGCCCCGGAUUCCCUCGGUAGAGCUGCUGUCCCCUGAGGAGACGUACUCCAACCUGAGCUUCCCAAAACGGGCUGAGGAGGUGCUGUACGAAUCCGUGACCUUGAAGGGAGAAGGAGGAGGAGGAGGAGAGGAGUCCAGUCGGACCACCCAGGCGGUUGCCGUGAAGGGCAGCGAGGAGCAGGCAGAUGGGGCUCAGUACGCCCGAGUUCUGAAAUGGAACAAGAAGAAGAAGAAGGAAAAGAACAACCAGGCUGGGCCGGAAGCAGGCCCUGCACCAGCGCUGCAAGAGCCAUACCUAGCAGGGUUGGCGUUGACUCCACAAAAGAUAGAAGAAAUGUACUCAGUGGUGUGCAAGGAUAAGAAAAUGAAGAAGAUGGAUAAGACGAAAGCAAAGGUCAGCAAAGGGCUUGGGGAAGAGGGAACGCCCCAGGUGGAGAUGAGCCGGGGUAACUGCCAGGUGGCAGCUGCCAGUCAGGAAUCAGACGGCCUGGCAGGGCACCAGCCCUCAUUGUUCCCGGCACCCACUAUUGAACGCUGCUAUGAGUCCAUCAACUCUGAAUCCUGGAUGGGCAGGGAGGAAAGAGCAGAACCGGCUUACGAGACCGUAGAUUCUCACUGGACAGAUGCGAGGAGAAAAGGGAAGUUGAACAGAAACAUUCUGGCAGAAAAUCUGUAUGAAACCAUUGAAAAUGUGACAUUUCCGUUUCAGAAUCAUAACGUGACCUCGCAUUUUGAAAACUGACUCUUUGGGGUUCUUUCCGCCUGUCUAAGGGGAUAUUUUCUGAUAGGUAAAAUGAACGAACGCGUGGACAAAUGUACAAAAUAUAUUGCAUGUCAGAAACUGCUACUGCAUGUUAACUGUCAGGUACCAUCACAUGUUGAUUAUCUGCGUGCUCGAUACUGACGGAU